UGGAGGAGAUGAUCAGGAUCUGAUCGGUUUCUGAAGCUCCUCAGGUCUGAGGAUGAGGAGUCAUCCAGCUGGAGGAUGUUUAGGACCAUGGGGAGGUGAAAGGGGGGGAAGCAGAGGAGCGUUGAGCGCGUGAACGCGCGCCGGUCCCGGUGAGGAUGAGGCGCGUUCAGGAGGACCCGCACGCCGACGGGAUGAAGACUCCGUCCGCGCGUGGAGCCGAGGGGGGAUGAAGAUGAAGAUCAGAGCGUGCCCGGGGCUUGGUGGCAUCCUGGUGGUUACCAUGGUUACCAGCUUCCUGGUGCUGUACAACAGCAGCUCCAGAGACAGACCCCCUUCCCGCUCUUCUCCCCCCCGCUGGGACCCCCCCAAGAGGCGGGCGGCUCUGGUGGGGUACAGCAGCGUCCCGGAUCGUAAGCCUCUGAAGCUGCACUGUAAGACCUGCUCCCUGGUCUCCAGCUCGGGCCAGCUAACCGGACACGGAAGGGGGGCAGAGAUCGACCGUUCGGACUGCGUCAUCCGAAUGAACGACGCCCCCACCACGGGGUUCCAGCGGGACGUGGGCCGGCGCACCGCCGUGCGUGUGGUGGCUCACUCCAGCCUGCAGAGGGUGCUGCAGAGCCGGCAGCAGCUGCUGAACGGCAGCCAGGACCCGGUCCUGAUCUUCUGGGGGCCGAGCAGCUGCAUGAGGCGGGAUGGGCGGGGCCACAUCUACAACACGCUCCGGCGGAUGAACCAGCUGCUGCCUCGGCUCAGGAUCUUCGUCAUCUCCAGGAUCAAGAUGCUGAAGUUUGACGAGUCGUUCAAGGAGGAAACGGGCAUCGAUCGGAGGAGGUCCAACUCCUGGCUGAGCACGGGCUGGUUCACCAUGGCCCUCGCGGUGGAGCUGUGCGACAGGAUCGACGUGUACGGCAUGGUGCCUCCGGAUUUCUGCAACUCCUCCUCCCGCCCCGCCGUGCCGUAUCAUUACUAUGAGCCCUGGGGGCCCGCCGAGUGCUCCAUGUACCUGUCCCACGAGAGGAGCCGGCAGGGCAGCCACCACCGCUUCAUCACCGAGAAGACGGUGUUUUCAAACUGGGCCAGGACGCUCAACAUCCACUUCCACCAGCCGGACUGGCAGCCUGCCGCCGGCGGGACGGCCGGGAACUCUUCAGCCGGAUCCUGAGGCCCCCGUCACACUGGUGUCAAGCCAGCACGCUCUCGCUAAACUGCUGUCAAGUGAGCCCUCUCUGGAAUACGGCGUGCGACUUUAAUACAAUCAUUACGGUAGCAGCAAGAAAGGCUUCAUUUCAAAGAAAGAGUAAAGGGUACCUCCUUGUUUCCACAGAACCAUUUCACUUCUCACUUAGAGUAUCCUUUCAUGUACUCUUACCCUCAAAGUUUCACUCUAAUCUGAUGUGGUAUUUUGUGGUACUACUCAAUUGAAAUUGUGUACUUAAGCGAAAAAAAUCUUUUUUUUAAUUACUCAUAAUAUGAAAACUCCUAGUUUCCAAGGAGUCAUUUAACUUAUCACUUAGAUUAUAUCAGGC